GACCCCUGUGGGACGAACUCCUCCUGUACCUUGAGAACAUCGACCCGCAGCACAGGCCACAGGUUGUCAUGCUGCAAGAAAGCCAUUGGGGCGACCGCUGUGCUCAGACGUUCAAUUCGGGUCGAUGGAAGGUUAUUACGUCACCGGCCACCGACAAUCAGUCGGCAGGAGUGGUUACCCUCCUCGAUCGUGGCCUCUGCAGCACCGGCCAAGUACUCCACACUGACCCGGUCCCAGGCCGCCUACUACACGUCCGUCUCCAAAGGCCGGACUGGACACUCGACACCUACAAUGUCUACCAAAGACAAAUCGGCCAGGGAAGGGACACCGCCGAUGAAGUCCGGGCCCUGCGCAAUCGAGUGUGGCAAGCCCUUGAGGCCGUGCUUGCGAGGGCGCCGCAGAGACACACGGUACUGGCGGCAGGUGACUUCAACUGCCCUCUACGAGAAGGACCAUCACAUGAUCCAAGUCAAUUCCUGGCAGAGACAAGCUGGAGCAACUUACUUCCAUGCCAAAGGAGAGAAUGGAAUCAAUGGGACCUCAUCAGUAGCCUCCGCAACCCGCACUCACCGCAACUACAGGCCUUCAGGCAAGCGGUCGCAGCCGACCUGUCAGAGGCCGUGGAUGCCCCCACCAUGAACGCCCUGCUGUGUAGCUGUGCCUCUCAAGUCUUCCCUCCACAGGUCCGCCCGCAGAGGCUGACAGCGUGGCAAACCCAGCCCAUGCAGGUCGGGAUCAAGGGCAUGUGGCAAGCGUAUGCACAGUGGAAGCGCGAAGCCCGGAGAGGGCGCGGAGCCAUCCUACGGGUGUGGCGCAGCUACGCGACGUUCCGACAGGCGCAGCGGGAUUUCAGAAAGGCAGGUAAGCAAGCUCGCAAACAAUGGUUCAGCAACCGGCUGCAGGACCUACAACAGGCGGCUGCUAGGAAGGACAUGCGGGCACUCUUCGCAGGUAUGCGCACCAUGGCGCCUAAGAAGAAGAAGAGCGAAGUCCAACUUAAGAACCAAGAUGGGUACUUGCAAUCGGCGGAGGAGCAAAUUCGGCAGCUCCGGGCGCACUACCAACAGGUCUACAAGCGAGACCCUCAGAAGCCUCCACCCACGGCAAGGGCUCAGCUCUGCAUUGAGGUUACAGAGGCCGAAGUUCAGCAGGCCUUGUCCAGCUUGUUGGCCCAUAAAGCCACGCCACCCCACUUAGCUUCGACAGCGAUGUGGAAGGGCUGCUCGGACCUCUUGGCCCCCUCUCUCACCCAAUGGGCUAAAAGCCUCAAAGCCGUGCCCGGCUUGUGGAAGGAUGCCUGGUUGGUCUUGAUACCGAAGAAGCUGCGAAUUGUCUCCCCACGAGACCUACGACCCAUCGGGUUGACUGAGGCCAGCGGCCGGGCCCUCUCCCACAUACUACAGCAGCGUUUGCGGCCGUACGUGGAGAGGUAUCUUCAACAGGUUCCACAAUAUGCCUAUCUACGGGAGAAGCACACUGGA